AUGCCGAUCCCGCCGACCGACGAUGACCGCCAGCGGCGCAUCAUCCAGUUCGCCGAGGAAUGGGGCCUCGAGCCUCCGCCGUCUCCGUCGCCGCUGACCCGGCCGGAGAGCCCCCCAAGCUUCCGGACCUCGGAGGACGACUUCAAGGCCGAGGAGCUGCUGAAGCGGAAGCAAAUGUCUCACGGCCGCACCGAAUCCACCACGAACCUGCGCCGCGCCUUUACCUCCAAGAAGAAGACUUGGGACUACAAGCUCGUCUUCGACGCCCUUGACAAGCAUGUCGCCGACUGCGGAUCCCCCGGCGUCGCCGAGGCCCUUAUCGCCCUGCUCGUCUCCUCCGGCGGCGACUUCAACAUGGCCCAAAAGGCCAAGACCAGUAUCUUGCCCCGCCGCAAGAGCCUCGACAGCUUCGGCGAGCGCAGCAAGCUAUUGCAGCACGCCAUCCACAACGGCCAGACCGAUAUGAUCCGCGUGCUACUGCCUCACGCCGACGCCUUCGCCCUCGACGCCUCACUACCCCUAGCCAUGCACUCCGAGAAUGUCGAGGUCGUCGAGCUCCUCCUCCGCUAUGGCGCCGGUGUAGCCCGCAGCUCCGAGGCCCAGGAUGCUUUCCGUCAAGCGUGCGCGUUGGGCGGCCAGGCCCAGCUCGUCGGCACGGUUCUGCGAUCCGACGGCCGGCCGCCGACUGCCUGGCUCUCCCAGUGCAUGGUGGACGCAACAAAAGCUGGUUGCCUGGAGACCGUCCUGCAGCUCAGUCGAUCCCACGCCGAUGGCGAUUACAAUCAAGCCGAAGCACUCAAAGUCGCCAUCGGCCAGGGCCGCCACGACAUCGCGCUCGCCAUUAUCAUGGGCAACCACCCGCCGAAGCGCCCCGGUCUGGACGAGGCCUUCUCGCAGUUGCUGGACCACCCUUCCAUGAACCCCAGAGACAAGCUUGCUGUCGCGGAGCUGCUGCUCUGUGCCGGGACCGACGGCGACGCGCCCGCCAUGGCCCUGAUCCACGCCGCAGCAGCCGAGUUCCACGACAUGGUCGGUCUUUUGGUCUCGUACGGCGUGUCCAUCGAGUACCAAGAUGCCAUGGCUAUUAGGAAAGCGAUUCAGAACGGACGAGUAGAUGUUGCAUACACGAUACUGAGCGGCACCUCGGAGCUCAGUGCGACGCAUGCCUCGGAAUGUGUUGAGCUCAUUCCAAAGAACAUGGCAGUGGAAAGCAGGCGUUUAUUACUAGACUUACUAUUACGAAGAGGCGCAAGUGGAACCGCGCUACACGAUAUGCUCAUUGAGGCGGCGGAAGCGGGCGACCUUGAAUCGGCCAAACUACUACUCACGCCUGUAUACCCGGGCGGCCGGCCGAUUUCCGAGCAUGAUGUGAAAAAGGGGCCCAGGUCGAUGGUCUACGACCGCCAUCAAACGGCAUCCGUCGACCACAAGGGCGGUCUGGCUCUACAGAUCGCCGUCAUGAGGAGCGACGUGCCCAUGACGAAAGAGAUGCUCAUGAGCAAGCCGUCCAGCGAGACCCUGGCCCAGAUCUUCCCUCUUACCAAAACGUUGUCUCGCCAAAACCGCUAUCGCAUGGUCGAGUGUUUCCUCACGAGCGGCCUGGCCGGUGCCAUUGUUCAUGACGCACUGCAAGAAGCCAUUGAUGAGGAGCCGCCACUUCGGGACGAGGAGCUCAUUGGAUUGUUCCUGAGGUACGACACCGACAUCAACACGAACGAAGGCUCGGCGUUGGUCGCGGCGGUGGCGCAAAAGGACGUAAGGCUUCUGAAUGCGCUGCUCAAGAAGAACGUCACGCCUCAGACUGCUGCUAGCGUGCUACCCAGGAUCAUCGGGACCCAGGAUGCAAAGGCGAGGUUGGACAUGGCAACUCUAUUACUGGCGUCGGUACCGGAUCUCGACUCGUCCAAGGUCUCUCAAGCAUUGCUCAACGCGUUAAACUAUCGGCCGGCAGAUCUGAAGCUCCUGCAGGUGUUGCUAGUCCACAAAGCCGAUGUCAACGUCGACAACGGCAUCGUCAUGGCAUCAGCAAUACACAGUCACGAUCCUCCAGUCCUAGAAACACUACUAACGCACGGCAAACCAACGCCCGCCACCGUCAGCCGGGCCAUCAACGAGUUUGGGCAGCUGAUAUUCUCAGACACUAAGACGGAAAAGCUACAGAUAUUAUUACAAAAGACCAGAGACAAAACCCCGUUCAAUGACGUACUCGUCAAGGAGGUCCACGCCUUGCUCCAGACGCUGCCCGAGCACCGACAACUGUCCAUCGUCAGGAUCCUCCUCGGGGCGGGUGCGGACGUCAAUUCUCACAAUGCCGCCGCCCUCUGUCACGCCGUGGCCGCGAGUGAUACGCAGAUCACCGAUCUCCUGUUUGCAGCCCGGCCGAGUCCGGCGUCACUGGCGUCGGCUUUGCCCCAUGCUCUGCGCAUCGCCGACCCGAUGGACCGGCUCGAGUUCUCGCAGAAGCUCCUCGACGCCGGUGCACCCAGUGCCGAGGCCAACAGGGCUUUAGGCUUUGCCAUCAAUACUUACACGGAAGACAUCCCCUUGCUCCGCACACUUUCAGCCAAGGCGGACACGAGCGACGGAGAGGCCCUUGUCGCGGCAGUGAAGAAGGAGCGCCCUGACAUUGUGCAGCUCGUUUUGCAGCGAAAGCACCCGGUUCCGAUGCUGAACAAUGCGUUUGCCGAGGCUGCACUGUUGUCUAACAGAGAGGCCAGGGCAUCGAUAUGCGAGGUUUUGUUGCACCACGGCGCGUCGGGGUCUGUUCUCUCCGAUGCCCUUCUUGCUGCGGCGGCCGACGGCGAUCUGGUCUUGGGCAAUCUUCUCGUGAGCAACGGUGCUCAGAUCGACGAGGAAGCCAUUGUCGAAGCAUGCCGUUCGGGUGCAGCAGAUGUUCUCAACAUGCUCCUGAGUGGCGGCACGACACCCAAGAAGUCUACGAUCGAAAAGGGAUUCCAAGCGGCAACCGAGGUAGGCAACCUCAAGACGCGUGCUGCCAUCCUGGAGCCGUUGCUGGUCUUCGGGGUCGAUGGCGAGGCCCUCCACGCACAGCUGGCGUCGUCGGUCCGGUUCGGCGAAGAUGGUGAUGACCUCGUCAAGAUCCUGCUGGAGGCCGGCGCGGACCCGAACCACAACAAGGGCGAGGCCAUAUGGGCGGCCACGAGGAGCGCCUACCUAGGCAGUCUGAAAAUGAUGUUGGGUCUGGCCGAUUCAGGCACGCGCCUGGUGAGUACGCCGUCGUCGAAUGGCUCGCCCGUGGGGACUAACAAGAAGAAGCAGCACAAGCCUUCGCCGUCAACUCUCAACAGGGCUCUGCGAGCCGCUUGGAAGCUAGGCCGUGAGGCUCGUUCCGCCACGAUCGAUAUGCUGUUCCGAGCGGGUCUUCCGGUAUCAGAUGACCUUCACGUCGUGCUCAACAACGCCGUCAACGAGGAGGAGAUCGACCUCAAAAUCAUCCGGCAGCUACUCCGAUACGGCGCGUCCCCGAUCGCCAACGACUGUCAGACCCUGGUCGAUGCUACGAGAAGGGCACUGGUGAAACCGCUCGCCUUCAUGUUGGAAUCCAAGAUCCUGUCCGAGGACCUCAACCUAGCCAUCAGGGAGGGCUUCACGACGGAGAACACCGAUCAGUGGUUCACGGAAGCCGGGUUCAGUAUCUUGCACAGCUUCCUGCAAAAGGGGGCCCACGGUGAUGGCCUGUCCUCUGUUCUCACCCAGGUCGUUGACCUGCCGUUGUCUGAAAGCGAGCCCGACAACCUCGCACUCGCAAACGGGUUCGUCGACGUCCUCCUCGACCACAAGGUCGACGUCAACUACGCCGAAGGAAAGCUGCUGCAGACCGCCGCCGCCGCCUGUAACUCUUUCCUGGUGAAGCGGCUACUCGAGAAGAAGCCGAACACGGAGUCGAUAUCGCGAUCCUUCUACCGCAUCUUCGACAACCCCGCCUCGGAAGACGAGGCAUUGGAGCUAAUCAACAUGUUUACCGAAUACGCCGACGGCGAGACGAGGCUGGACGUCAUAUACACGCCGCCCGAGUCGAUUCCCCUGCUGUUUCUCGCCGUGCAGCAGCACCCGCGGUCCAUCCGGGUCAUCAAGGCCCUGCUGGACGCCGGGUACUACUACGACCAGAUGAUGCCGUACAAGGUCAUGGAGGACCUCGAGGAGGAGCCCGUCACGCUCAUGAUGUGGGCUCUGCUGCAGCCGCAGAAGAAGGUCAGCAGCGGCAUCAUCCAGAUGCUCAUCGAGACGGGCGCCAAGGUCAACUUCGAAUCGCGGAUAUCGCAGAGCACGCCCCUCAUGCUGGCGAUCCGCAACCGUCGGCCGGACGUCGUCAAGAUGCUCCUGCUGGAGGGCGCCGAGGUGGAUGUGUGUGACGUGAAGGGGAACACUCCGCUGACGCUGUCGACCGAGAUUGGAGGGGAUACGGCCAUCAAGAUGAUGUCGAACCUCCUGGCCGCCGGGGCUUCGCGGAACGACGGCUCACUGCACAACUCGGCGCGCGAACUCAACCUGGCAGCCUGUCAGGUCCUGGUGCAAUACGGACACGAGCCCGACUUCCCCAGCACGCUCCACGAGGGUCGGAGCGCGCUGGGCGAGCUGUGCCGACACUGCGCAGAUUCGGGCGAGCUCACGGCGGCGCGCCAGAAGUUGAUGGAACGGGUCAUCAACUUCCUCAUCGAGGCCGGCUCCGACAUCACGCUCCGGUCCGAGGGUAAGUCGGUGCUCCUGCUCGCGCUGGAAUCCCGUGAUCCCGUCGUCACCAGCCGCACGCUCCUCAAGGCGGGCAUGUGGAAGCACAUCAACAAGAAGUUCAACCACUUCUCGGACGGCAAGAUGACGUACUCCCCGACCAUGUACGUGACACACGUGCUCCCCAAGUCGGACCACAAAGAGGCGCUCAUCAAGCUGCUCCGGGCCAACCGCGCCGAUGACGUGUACUACGCCAACAUGGGCCCGCAGCCCGAGGGCGCGGUCGGCAUGCCCGAGGACGUCGAGAUGCAGGAGCGCAACCGGCGGGCGCGGCUCGACCGCAUCAACCUCGAGCAGGAGGACCACGUGCUCUCGAUUGCGCGGAACCAGGAGCUCGCGACGGUGCAGGCGCAGAUCUGGUCGACGCAGGCGGAGCUCGAGGACUCGCGGCGCAAGCGGGUGCAGCAGGACGAGCUCGUGGCGCUCAACGAGCGGGCGCGGGCGGAAGAGGACCUUUUCGCGGCGGCGAUGCGGCGGAAGCGCAACGAGCGCAGCGCGGACCUCGAACACCAGGCGGCGCUGACGGAGGCGAGCAUCACGCGCGCGCGGGCGCUGGAGCUGGCAGAGUCCGAGGUGACAAUGGCACGGCAGGGCAUGAUGCUCGAGUGGGAGAAGCAGAUGGCAACGGAGAAGGUGGACCACGCCAAGGCCCUCAGCGCGAUCCGCGUCGCCGAGCGCGAGGACGUCGAUCGCAUGGACCGGGACCAGGAGGAGCGCUUCCGGGCGCGGCUGGCAGAGCAGAGGAGGCUCGUCGACGGGCAGAACCAGCUCGCGAGCCAGCUCGCCGGGGCCGGCGUCAACGGGAGGCGGCAGGUUGGGUAUAUCACAGGGGAGAUUAAUUGA